ACAUCUCUUCUAUUUUGUUCAUUACUUGUAAGUUAUUUUUCAGCAGAUGGAUUAUUCACCAUUGACUAUUUAAAAAUGUACAUAAGUCUGUAAGUAGGUGGAAAAUCUGCUGACUCCAAUCUCUGAAAUAAACAUGAUGUUUGGAAGACAUCUGACACAGAUGGUAUUGAAGCCCAACUCUCAAAAAUGUAGAACAUUUUCUGUAUUGCAUUCUCAUGCCAGAGAUAGAAAUUCUUUCUUCGAUUUGGGUGGACUGGGCAAUUCGUCACUACUUGGUUUAUGUCGAUCAUGUACUGGAACAAAUGAAAACACUAAAAAAAUUUCCUUUAGCAGAACUAUUCCUGUUUUUUCUGCAACGUGCGUUUCUUCUCAUAAAUUUUCCACUUCUGCAAAAGACAAUGCAAGCUUUAAGGAUAUUAUUCAGAAAAUUUAUGAUCAGAGAAACAAUGUAAAAACUGGAAGAGACUCUCUUUUACAAAAAUAUACUGCAGCACAUUUUGUUGAUGCAGCACCUAAAAGCUGGAAACCGUAUUUACAAUUGGCUCGGGUUGAUAAGCCAAUUGGAAGCUGGCUUCUUUAUUUACCUUGUGCGUUGAGCAUCACCCUUGCGACACCAUUGGGAUCCAUUCCGGAUUUAUAUUAUCUUGGUCUUUUUGGAGUUGGUGCUUUUUUGAUGCGAGGUGCUGGAUGCGUGAUCAAUGAUUUGUGGGAUAAAGAUUUUGAUAAAUAUGUUGAAAGAACGAAAGAAAGACCUCUUGCAUCAGGAAAAUUGAAGCCCAGAAAUGCAAUUGCUUUACUGGCUGCUCAACUUUCACUCUCUCUCGGAAUUCUUUUAACUCUAAAUACAACUUGCAUUAUGAUUGGAGUUGCAUCCAUGAUUCCUGUUAUACUAUAUCCUCUCGCUAAAAGAUAUACGUAUUAUCCUCAAGCAGUUCUCGGGCUCACAUUUAACAUGGGUGCCAUUAUGGGUUAUGCAGCUGUUGCAGGAUCGAUCAAUUGGUCAAUUGUGGGACCACUGUAUCUUGGCUGCUUUUUUUGGACGAUGUAUUAUGAUACCAUCUAUGCAUUGCAAGAUGUUGAAGAUGAUGUCCUCAUCGGAAUUAAAUCAAUAGCAAUGGUAUUUACCGAUGUCGAUUCAGAAAAAAUGAAAAAAUUGCCACUUUCAGAUAGGAUAGAAAAGAUGGAAGGACAAAAGAAGAAAAUUGAUCUCUAUCUUUCUGGUUUCUUUCUUGCCACAAUGAGUUCAUGGAUGUGGUCAUUUAAUGCAGUAGCUGUUGCCAGUUUUGCAUAUUUUGUUCCAGUUUUGCAAAUGAUAAAGAUGAUUAAUGAUCAGGCAGCAAUGGGAAAGAUUGAAAGUCCUAAAUAUACGGAAAAUUUAUGGGAAAAAUUUGUUGCUUCUAAGAAGACUGGUUUAUAUAUUUUAUUUGGCCUUAUUGGCGGUAUCUAUUUUUCACCUCCUAGAGAAGUUGUAAAAAAAAAAAAUGAAAGCUAAUUUUUCUGUAAACUGUAAAGAAUAUUUAUUUUAUACUGAAAUAUACAUGAUGAAACUGGCAGUUUCGAUACCUAAGGCUAAGUUCCUGUUUGGGAUCAUAGAGCAUUGACUGAAUUUUCUAUUCAGAAUCGUGCAGAAUUGAAUAUACAAUUACCAUGAAUGAUAUGAAAUCUUGUGAAUGACAAAUUGAACAAUCUAGAUUGUCUCGGAGACCAGUUUUGCACAUUUAUUUAUCAGCUUGUUUAUUUGAAUGAAUACUAAAAACUUUUCAUGAA